UAGGGCUCAGGGAAAUGGCGGGGGGACUAGGAACCUGUUGGUUUUGCAGUCUACUAGCACAGAGACGAUGGGCUGAGUGGCCUGUUCCCGUGGAACCAUUCUGUUGUGUUUUAAUCACGGUGAGGCGGGGAUGAGGAUAUUGAACGGCGCUUGAAACGAGUACGUGGCCAAGCCGGAACUCUACCUGAUCCCGCCUGACUGCAGGAUGGAGGAGUGGAGGCAGUGUGGCCGCUGGCUCAUUGAUUCCAAGGUAUUACCCCCAAAUCACCGUGUAGUGUGGCCAGCGGCUCAGGUCUUUGACUUGGCGCAGGCUCUGAGGGAUGGGGUACUGCUGUGUCAACUUCUGCACAACCUGAGCCCUGGUUCCAUUGAACUGAAGGACAUCAAUUUCAGACCACAGAUGUCACAGUUUUUGUGCCUGAAGAACAUCCGGACAUUCCUGAAAGUUUGUCACGAUAAGUUUGGCAUGAGGAACAGUGAACUCUUCGACCCGUUUGACCUGUUUGAUGUGAGGGACUUUGGGAAGGUUAUCUCCGCGAUCUCCAAAAUCUCCCAUCAUGCUGCUAUCCAGUGCAAAGGCAUCAGGCCUUUUCCUUCAGAGGAGACUGCAGUGGAUGAUGAUGUUUAUCGCAGCCUGGAGGAACUGGCAGAUGAACAUGACGUGGGAGAUGAUAUCUACGACUGUGUCCCAUGUGAGGACGAUGGUGAUGAUAUCUACGAGGACAUCAUCAAAGUGGAAGUUCGGCAACCCAUGAAGUUGGGGAUGACCGAGGAUGAUAAAAGGAACUGCUGCCUACUCGAGAUCCAAGAAACUGAGGCCAAGUAUUACAAAACCCUCGAAGACAUUGAGAAAAAUUACAUGAUCCCUUUAAAGGCUAUCCUCACUCCCCAGGAAAUGGAGGCUAUAUUCAUCAACCUUGAGGAAUUAAUUUGGGUGCAUUACAAUUUAUUGAGAGCCAUUGAUUUGGCAGCAAUCUCAGGAGGGAACACACUCUACAAAGUCUUCCUGGAUUUCAAAGAACGGCUGUUGAUUUAUGGCAAAUAUUGCAGUCAGAUGGAAAAUUCCCAAAAGACAUUGGAUCAACUCCUGUCUUCCCGAGAGGAAAUCCGGAGUAAAAUUGAGGAGUGCACCCUGAAAGUUCAGGAUGGGAAGUUUAAGCUGCAAGAUCUGCUGGUGGUGCCUAUGCAGCGAGUGUUGAAGUAUCACCUCUUACUGAAGGAGCUGCUCAGCCACUCGAGUGACCGUCCAGAGAAGCAGCAGCUGAAGGAAGCAUUAGAGGCGAUGCAGGAUCUGGCAAUGUACAUCAACGAAGUUAAGAGGGAUAACGAGACCCUGAAGAAGAUCUCAGAAUUCCAGUGCUCAAUAGAGAAUCUGCACACAUCUUUGACAAAUUAUGGGAGACCAAAGAUUGAUGGUGAAUUAAAACUCUGCUCCAUAGUUAACCGAACAAAACAGGAUCGAUACUUGUUUCUGUUUGAUAAGGCAGUGAUUGUGUGUAAGAGGAAAGGGUACAACUAUGAGCUAAAAGAGACGAUUGAUCUACAGGCUCAUAAAGUAACUGAUGACCCAAUGAACAACAAGGACUUGCGAAAGUGGUCCUACGCCUUCUAUUUAAUUCACCUUCAGGGGAAGCAGGGCUUCCAGCUGUUCUGUAAAACGGAGGAGAUGAAGAGGAAGUGGAUGGAGCAGUUUGAAAUGGCAAUGUCAAACAUUAAACCCGAGAAAGCAACAGCAAAUUACCACAACUUCCAAAUGACGACUUUUGAUAAAUUCACCAACUGCAAGGCAUGUCGAAUGUUGCUGAGAGGGAUCUUUUUCCAGGGCUACCUUUGUUCCAACUGUGGUGCUGGAGCCCACAAAGAAUGCCUGGAGACAGCAGCACAAUGCAAGCUCAAUUUAGCAGCGGAUGAUUUGGACGGAGGACAGCCAGUGGCAGCAGGUCCCAGAAUGCUGGCAAUUCGUACAUUCCAGGGAACACCUCCACCCCCUGUGGGGAAACCAGUUCUCAGCUUCCAGACUGGAGAAGUCAUCGAACUGCUGAAGGGAGAUCCGGACUCACCAUGGUGGGAGGGAAAGGUCAUUCAAACCAAGCGGUCUGGUUGGUUCCCAGGCUCCUAUGUGAAGCCUUGUCCGGUGGACUCACGGCAUUUUAUUAAACCACCUUCAAAAGAACCUGACUACAGCAUCUACCCAUGGUUUGCGGGUAACCUGGAGCGAGGGCAGGCUGACAAUCUCCUAAAAGCUCACAUUUCUGGGACAUAUCUUAUCCGUGAGCGGACAGCAGAGGCUGAAAGAUUUGCAAUUAGUAUUAGGUUUAAUGAUGAGGUGAAGCACAUUAAGGUUGUUGAGAAGGACAAUUGGAUCCACAUCACUGAGGCUAAGAAGUUUGAGAGUCUCCUGGAGCUGGUAGAGUAUUACCAGACCCACUCUCUGAAAGAGAGCUUCAAACAACUAGACACAGCUUUACGUUUUCCAUACAAGCAGCGAGACAAGGCAGUUCAGCGUUCAAAUUCUCGGACUUCAGGUAACUGUCUCUGUGCAAUUGAGCCUGUUAACCAGUGAAUGGGGGUAUACAAUGUGACGGGGUAAGAAGGGGUAAAUAAAUAAUAGGAGGGAUGGUUAAUGACAUGCAGGGAAU